GGCGGAGCGGGACCGGCGGCGGACGGCAGCGGGGCGGCCCCGGGCGCUGAACGCUGCUUCUGCCCCGGCUCAUCCCGCUGCCGGCGCUGCUGAGGUGCCACACCAGCAGAGAGGACAUCAACGGGGAGGACCACUACCAUGGCCAACUUGACAGCCCCCAUGGGGGCCGGGAGGAACUCAUGCACCUUCCACGAGGAGUUCAAGCAGGUCCUGCUGCCCCUGGUCUACUCGGUGGUGUUCACAGUGGGGUUGCCCUUGAAUGCCGUGGUCAUUGCACAGAUCUGGGUGGCCCGUAAGGCGCUCAGCCGCAGCAUGAUCUAUAUGCUGAACCUGGCCACGGCUGACCUGCUCUACGUCUGCUCCCUCCCACUCCUCAUCUACAACUACACCCAGAAGGAUUAUUGGCCUUUUGGGGACUUCACCUGCAAAUUUGUCCGCUUCCAGUUCUACACCAACCUUCAUGGCAGCAUCCUCUUCCUCACCUGCAUCAGUGUCCAGCGGUACCUGGGCAUCUGCCACCCCUUGGCCUCGUGGCACAAGAAGAAGGGGAAGAAGCUGACAUGGCUGGUGUGUGCCGCAGUGUGGUUCAUCGUCAUCGCUCAGUGCCUGCCCACCUUUGUCUUCGCUUCCACCGGCACCCAGAGGAACCGUACUGUCUGCUACGACCUGAGCCCACCGGAUCGGUCUGCUGCCUACUUUCCCUACGGCAUCACCCUCACCGUCACUGGCUUCCUGCUGCCCUUCGUGGCAAUUCUCGCCUGCUACUGCAACAUGGCCCGAAUCUUAUGUCAGAAGGACGAGAUGAUCGGCUUGGCAGUGCACAAGAGGAAGGGCAAAGCCGUGCGUAUGAUCAUCAUUGUGGUCAUCGUCUUCUCCAUCAGCUUUUUCCCCUUCCAUCUCACCAAGACCAUCUACCUGAUCGUCCGUUCCUCGCCCAGCCUGCCCUGCCCAGCUCUUCAGGCAUUUGCCAUCGCCUACAAGUGCACACGUCCCUUCGCCAGCAUGAACAGCGUCCUCGACCCCAUCCUCUUCUACUUCACUCAACGCAAAUUUCGCGAGAGCACCCGUUACCUCCUCGACAAGAUGAACUCCAAGUGGCGGCAUGACCAUUGUGUUACCUAUGGCUCCUAGGUGAGGCCAAGGGUCACCUCGGUGUCACUGGGAUGGGGCAUGGAGCAAUUUUGGCUUUAAGCUCCACGGAGCAGAGAUGGCUUCAGGUGGGGAUGUGCUGGAGGACAAGAGGACAGCAUCUCCCAAGAUUUCAGCACUUUCAUCCCAUCUCCAGCCUGCAGCUGGUAUUAACCCCGUCUCUGCACAGAUCCAGUGUCCUCUCUCUGGUUCAGUUGCACAGUUUGAGCAGCUUAGCAUCAUGUUUCCUUGGUGGUCAAGCCACCGAUGCAAUAAAGCACUGGUGGGACCAUGGAGAACAUGGUGGGACCAUGGAGGACAAGGUCCCUGGCUCAGGGCAAGCUGCUGGGGGGAAAUUUCUCCCCCUUCUCAUUUAAAGAUUCCCUGAUGGGGCCACACAAAGGCUGAGGAGGAUUUAUUGCAGCUCAUACCUGUCUGAGGAACAUGGGGCUGUGUGUUUCUCUAGCUAAAGAUCAGUGUCAUGGAUGGGUUUUUUUGGGUAAUACUGGGACGUUCCUAUCCCCCAGGCCCCAGAAUGGGGUCACACCAGUAAGAGACAUGGGCCCACUGGUGCUGCAAAAUGGUGGGAGAGCAUCCCUGGCCAGACUGGGAACUGGGAAGGGGGACAUAAGGGCAACUGGGACACCCAUGCUGGAUUUCCCACCCAAGCAAUGACCAUGGGCUGGGUUACGCACAAGCCAGAGAUGUUAUCACCUGCCUGGGGACCUUCAGCAUCAUCUGGGUCCAGCUCCCUGCUUAGCCCAGCACCCCAAAUCUGGGCCAUCCCAGCAUCCUCAGCAUCCUGCUGUCACCUCCAGGAUCCACCAAAACCAGAGCUGGCACACCUGGACACAAUGCCUGGAGUCGGGACACCCAUGCCACCGAGUCAGUCGGUGUCCUCAACCAUGUCACUGCAUGUCCCACCGUUGGCUUGGCCACCACCACGUUGGGUGGGGGCUUAAGCUUUGCUCCCCACAGUCUCCGGUGGGAUGUUGCUUCCUCCUGGCCAGGAGGGAUUUGCUUACACGGCACAGGGUGGAUGCACCACUAAUUGCUCUGUGAGUCUUCUUUAACAUAUAGGAUGUACAGAAUAAACCUCCCCCCCUUUUUCAGAUGGAUAUGUACAGAUAUAUACACCCACUGUAUAUACAUACAUAUAAUACACGGUUUGUAGCCCAGCACAGGCUAUGUGGCACCAGAUGUAUCUACACAGUGUAUGUAUGUAUCUAUAGGGAUAACUGUUUCGCUGCAUCUCUCACAGGUUAUCUGUGCGUAAUAAUCACGUCUAAGUUGAUUUAAGCAAUUUGCUUCAAAUCUCCGGAGAUAAACAUCCCUCCUGAAUUCAGCCAAGCGCGUGACUUCAUCCCGACUUACUCCCUGCAAUCACACGGCAUCUUCCUUGGGUACCUGACCACCCAAGGACCUCGCCAGCACCCAGGGCCGGUGGUCCCAACGUGGCUCCUUGCUGUUGUAAGGAUGAGGAGAGUGCCCAGGGUGGUCAUCAGUCCUUGGAUGGCGCUCAAAGAUCUCAGCAUGGUGAUGGGCUGGAAUGGAGAGGGAUCCUGCAACGGUCUUAGCUCAAGCUGCCUGGUUUUGGAGGAGUGGUGGCUGUGUCCUGGUGGGAAGGACCAUGCAUGGUUCCAACAGCUUUGGGGUGGAGCACAGAAAGUGAUGGAAGAGGCAGCACCAGCCCCAGGGUUUCCCUUGGCCAGAGCUCAUCCAUGCCAAAAUCUCCUCCAAUGUAUUUCUGGGGUCCCGCAAUGGAAGAGCAAAAUUCUGGGGGGCUGCAAGAGCGGUUGCUAGUGGGACAAUCCCAGCCUGGUGUCCCCAACUCUUCCCAGACAAAAGGAAGGUGACAGGGCAGGAGACAUCGGGCCACGCCAUCUGGACCCAGGAGAGGGCGCAAAAUAUUCAGAUUUGGAGAAAUCCAGCUGGAUCUGUGGGUGCCCACCGGGCUCCAGGGAGGGAUGGAGGAGCCCUGCUCUGUCACCUCACCCUGCGCCUGGAUAGCGGCCAUGGGAUGAGGUGGCAGGCCAAAAUGUAACCGCAAUAAAGCUUGCAGAGAAAAAAAAAAAAAAAA